CGCAUUCAAGCAGCUUUCGAGCGUCUGGCCUUUGCAGUACAUUCCACCACUCACGAUGGAUUGAAAGCACUCAGCAAACAUGGGCACCGCACUGCCACCGCUGCGCGAGUACCAAGCUGAGCUUCUGCGCAUGGCGCGGCGUCACGCCUCGACGGUGAUCUACGCGGAAACUGGCACGGGCAAGACGCGCAUUGCCGUUGAGCGCAUACUUGAGGCUCAUGGGGAACUGGUGGCGGCAGGCCGCCUAGCAGCCUUCCUGGCCCCAACCGUACCACUCGUGCGACAGCAAGCCGAGGUGUUGGUCGCCGCGGGACUGCGGGUGGUGGUGUACACGGGGGAAGACAACCGCGACGCCCGCAACCGGGCGGGCUGGCAGCGCCUGCACCAGGAGGCGGAUGUGCUGUGCGCCACGCCGGACGCCCUGAACCGCCUCAUCGCACAUGCCUUCAUCACGAUCCCGCAGCUGGGAAUGAUCGUGUUUGAUGAAUGCCACCACACGAAUGCAAACCAUCCCUACGCAGUGUUGCUGCGGGUGUUUGUGCGCCACCUCACGCCUCCCGACCAGCGGCCUGUGCUGCUGGGUCUCACCGCCUCGCCGCACAAGGCGGACGAGCUGAUGCGGCUGCUGGGCGCCCAGAUGGUGGCGGCGAGCAACACCGCACAGCUGCAAACCUUCAUGGCUAAGCCUCGAGUCGAGGUACACCGGCAGGAGGUGGAGCAGCCUGCGACCGUGGCGCCGCCGCAACGGCGACUAGCAAGCGGGACGUUCUCAGCUGCCGCAAGUAUCCUGCCGCCGGAGUGCGCGGCCGCAGUCGCGUCUGGCGACGCCGCUGACAUGCGCAAGGCGGGCGAGGCCUUGCAUGCAGGCGGCGGUUCGUGCAUCGCCGCGCAGCCCAUGGCUGCGCUGGAUGGCGCCAUCGAGCUGGUGAGUGCGGCUGUGGAGUACUCGCGCUGCCGGGACCAGACCUUCCGCCGCUGCUGCGCCCUCGGCGAGCCGCUCCCGGAGAUGCGAGCGCCCCGGUACACCAGCCCGCUCCUUCGAGGCAUGGAGACACCGCAGCGAUGGUGGGAGCAGGACCCUCAGUGCGGCACCAAGCACCUGGAGCACCUGCGCUCACAGCUCGCAGGGGUCAAGGACGCACUGAGCUCGAUGGGGCUGUGGCCGGCCGUGGCCGUUGCGGCGGCAGACCUGUUCGGCCCCACGGCUGCGCCACCGCAGCCGGCCACACUGCUGCGGCUGCUUGACUCCGAGGAGGGUAGCGCAUGGCCGCAUCUGCAGCAGCGCAAGCGCUUGCGGCGGGGCCGCGACAACGAGCAACGUCCGGUGCCACCUGCUGCUGAGGACGUGGACAGCAGUGACAGCGACUGCGAAGACGAGGGAGACAACUUGCCGGCGGAGCACAGCAGCAGUGCGGCCGGCGAGGGCGAGGACGAGGGGGACGAAGCGGACGAGGCCACCCUGUGGGGAUACCAGAUAGGCGAGCUGCUGGAGGAGGGCGGCCUGGGUGACGGAAGCGAGGCGUCCAGCAUCGCCGACCACCGCGACCGCGCCGCACUGCUGGUGUCCGGACUGGCCGUCAUGCUGCCGCCAGCGCUGAGGGAGGCAGUGCUGGCCACGGCGUCGCCGACAGAGCAGCAGCAGCAGCAGCAGCAGCAAGCGGAGGCUGGGGUGGGUGGCGGCGGCUGGACCAUUGAGGCGCGGGCGGUGCAGUUGGCAAUGCUGGCCGCGGCCGUAGUGCUGACGGAGCUGGUUUGGAGGGAGCGGGAGCCGGGGUCGGCAGCAGGGUCCGGCAGCGGACAAGGAGACCUGGCGGGGGCGGCGUUGCUUCAAGGGUUUGCGGCCGUGUUUUGCCCGGGCCAAAGCACCGCGACGCCAGGGCCACUGCACCCGCAGCUGCACCCGCUCGCGGCUCGCGACCGUGGCGAUGCCCAGCCGUGGGCGGAGCUACUGCUGCGUGCGGUGCCGCUCAACAAGCUACAGCAGCAGGUGUUGGGCCAGGACCUGCCUUCAAGGCCUGCGGCAGCCGCUACGGCUGCGGUUCCGCUGGCUGCUGUCGUCGGCGUGCCGCUGGUGACUCCGGCGGUGCAGUGGGUGGUGCGCUCGCUCCUGGCUCUGAGCACCCAGCGGCACCCAGCAGACAGCGGCGGUGAUGGUGUCAGUGUGUCUUCCGGCUGGUCGGCCAUGGUCUUCUGCCAGCGCAAAGUGGCCUGUGUGGCGCUGCACCGGCUGCUGACGGAGCUGCCGGCCGCACGUGGCGGCGCCAUCCGCCCCGCCGUGUUCAUGGGCAACACGGGCGCAGGACACAGCGCCAGCAGCCUGGCCAUGGACGGCAGGAAGCAGGAGCGUGUGCGGCGCGCCUUCAGCUCGGGCGCGCUUAACGUGCUCAUUUCCACCAGUGUGGGCGCUGAGGGACUGGACUUCCGCACCUGCAACGCCGUCAUCAUGGUCGACCCACCCGACCACGUCACGCCCUUCGUGCAGUGCGCAGGCCGCGCACGCGCCCCUGGCUCGUGCUACCUGCUGUUUGCGCGCGACGACCGGCAGCAGCAGGCCAUAGCUAAGCGCUCUAGGGAAGAGGCCGACAUGGUUGCUAAGGCGCUGAAGCUGAGCACUGCGGCCGCGCGUGAGGCGCAGCAGCGGCAGCAGACGGAUCCGCCCGUCAACCCGUUCUUCAGCCAGGACGUGGACGUGGUCACGGAGGAGCUGCAGCAGAACCUGUUUAGAGUGCCGCACACGGGUGCGGUCAUGUGCGGCCCCCUUGCGCAGAACCUGCUCGAGUCCUACUGCCGCACACUGCCGGGCAAUUCGGGUGAUGUGCUGCUGCAGCCGUACUACUCGUACCAGGAGUACGAGAGCCCUCUGACCCGCCGAAAGGCGUUUGUGGCGACUGUGCACAUGCCGGCCAACAGCCCAUUGGGCGUCGUGGAGGGGCCGAUGCAGAGCAACAAGGGCGACGCGCGGCAGCACGCCUGCAUGGCCACUGUACGGCGGCUGUACGAGCUGGGUGCGCUGGACGAGCACCUGCUGCCCAGGUUCACUCGGCGGGGCCGCAUGCGCGAGGCGCAGCAGCAAGACCUGCUGGAGCACAAGGCCCUGCCGCGUGUGGCGCUGUCACACCGGCUGCCCGCCGCGCUGCAGCCCGCCGCGCUGCUGCCCGCCGCGCUGCUGCCCGCCGCGCUGCUGCCCGCUGCACCUCAUGCUGCACCGGCGGCAGACGCGGCUGGGCCGGCAGGUGGACCGCCGGCCAGCAGCCAUGUGCGCGGGGAGCUGGUGGGCCUCCUGCACCUGUACGCCUUUAGCUGCACAACGCCAUUCGCCAGCACAGGUGGUGGAGGCGCCGCCACUGCUGCUGCAGCUACGGGCCGCACCCGCCAUCGCUUCGGGGUAGUGUUGCACCGGCGUCUGCCUUGCGACCUGCCGCCCUUCACUGCCUACCUGCCGCCCGAGGACGACAGCGAGGCGGCUGACGGCCCUCAAGGGCAGCAGCCGGCCCCGGUGGCUGUGCGCCUGGAGUACCUGGGCCCGCUGCGGCUCAGUGCGGCUCAGCUGGCGGCGCUGGAGACGGCGGGCGGCGUCAUGGAGUCGCUGCUAAUCACACGGGGGGCACAGCCGGUGGCGACCAGCAGUAGCGCAACCGCGGACAAGCCGGUUGCGGCACCUGGGCCCGCCUCAGCAGGGCCGGUUCCGGGCAGCCCCGCGCUGGCGGCCUGGUCGGAGCGACUGGGUCCGGGCCUGGCAGCGCUGCGGAGGGCCCUGGCGGCUGCGGGCAUCAAGACGAGUGCAGCCUAUGUGCACGAAGCCGUCAAUAAUGUGCCGGACCGCAUGAACAGCACCGCAGGUGAGCCUGCCACCGCCGCUCAGCUACCGGCAUCUGGCCACUGGUGGUGGCUAGUCGCUCCAUUGUCAGAGCAGACUCAGGCUGCGUCCUCGCAGACUGCCGGUACCGAAGCUGCGGCGGCCGGUGCAGUAGACUGGGGCUUCCUUGCGCGUCUGGCGGCGGGCCCGGUGCCGCUGCAGGCUCUGUGCCCCCAGCUGCCGGCCCUGCGCCCUCUGGCCCAGCAGCCUGCACAAGGCCACCAGCAGCAGCGGCAGCAGCUCCUUCCCGCCGCAGCCACCGGAGCGGACGUCGGCAGUGUCGGGCUGCACGGCCAUCGGCAGGCAGCGGCACCUGGAGGUCAGCACGUGGAGCUGCUGACGGCGGCUGUGCGGGAGGCUCUGCGGGGCAGUGGCGGGCUGCUCAUCACACAGACGGGUGCCACAUUGCACGCACUGCGGGGGCUGACAGCCGUGGCCGAGCAUGAUGAGGCCGGGACCGGCAGCCGGAAGGCUGCGCAAGAUGCGGCGCGGCUUGUUGAGCGCUGGGGUGUCGACCCUUCCUGCCUCCUGCCGGAUCAGCCGCAGGUGCUGGUGGAUGCAGGCACAGCCACCCGCACCGCCUCCAAUGUGCUGCUUGCACCGCCGCAGCCCGAACACCAUCCACACUCGCACCACGGCGCUGAGGAUGGCAGCCGUGAAGCGGCAGCAGUGAUAUCGAUGCUGCCUCAGGCGCUGGCGGUGGCGCCGCUGUCUGUGCGCUGCUGGCGGGCGCUGCACCGCACGGUCAGCCUGGUGCACCGGCUGGAGGGGCUGCUGGUGGCGGCGGAGGCGGAGGAGGAGCUCCUGAGGCCGGCCGGGUUUCUCCGUCCCGCAGCUACAGCUGCAGCAUCCGGUAACCCUGUGCUCGCAAUUCCCGUGCCCACGACCGCUCCUUCCACGUCAACCGCCACAACUGCCGCAGCCACGCCGCAGCAGGCGGCGGUUCUGCUUGCGCUGACUGCGCUCACCGCUCGCGCCGCCGCCGACCCCGCAUUCGACUGCGAGCGGCUGGAGACCCUGGGUGACGCCGUGCUCAAGUACCUGGCCACGCUGUACGUCUACGGCACAGAGAGGGAUGUGCCUGUGAGCCACGAGGGCGUCAUGUCGUACAAGCGGGACCAGCUGGUGGCCAAUGAGGCGCUGUACGGCAGGGCGCUGGAGGCGGGGCUGCAGCACCACAUGCGCGCCCUGCCCUACGACAUGGAGCGCGUGCUGCGAGGCCGCCACUGGAACACAGGCGAGGAGGCGGCGCGAGCACAGGAGGUGCGCGGCAAGCGCCUGGCCGACUGCGUGGAAGCGCUGGUGGGCUGCCACCUGGCGCCCGGCGUGCCGACUGCUGGCAGCAGCAGCAACAGCAAUGACGCGCAGGCCACCUCACCGGGCUCGGCCUCAGCCCCAGUGCUUGUCCCUGUCUCUGCCACCAAUCCAGUGCCAGGGGCUCCAUGUCAGGACGGCAGUGCUCUGGCCGCCCUCGUGGCGGCACUGCGCCAGACCUGCGCGCCUGCCAGCGGUCACACGGGCGUCACCGACCCCAGCAGCAAUAGCGGUGACGUGCACGCCCGCCUGGACGCCGCGUUGCGCUUCUGCUGCGGUCUGGGGGUGCUGCCUGGGGCCGCGCCGGCGGUGCUGCAGCGCCUGCACGCCGAGGGGCAGGGCGGCGCCGGCGAAGGCGCUGUGCAGGGGGUACCCGAUGUUGGCGGCGAAGCGGGCCGGGCUGCAGUGGGGGCAUUGGCGGCGGCGACGGGAUACCAAUUUCAUGACCCUGCGCUAGCGUUGUGCGCUCUCACGCACGUGAGCUGGCCCGUGCCUCCUGUGUCAAGUUCAGGGAAAGGGUUGGAUGCAGGCGCAGGAAGCGGUGGCGGCAGUGGUGGGCACUACCAGCUGCUCGAAUUCCUGGGUGACGCAGUGGUGGGGCUGCUGGCGUCGCUGUGGGCUUACAGCCUGGGCGGCAGUCCCCGCGACAUGAGCAUGACCCGCGAGAUGCUGGUGCGCAAUGACACACUGGCCGCCUGUUGCCUGGGCAGCCGCCUCAGCACAGCGCUGCGGGUGCGACACCGGCAGCUGCAGCUCGCCAUCGAGGAGUACGGCGUUGCACUGCUAAUGUCGUACGACACCACCAGUGGCCGUGCAGAUGCGGCGGCAACAGGCGGCGGUGGCCCUCUGAUUAGGGCUGAAAUGUGGAAGGAGGCGAUGGCGGCGAGAGACCUGCGGGUCGCGACGCUGCUGCAAAGCGCGUGGCUGGAGGUCGAGGGCGGCGGUACUGGGGAGGGUGAGUGGCAGUACACGCCCUGGAGUCGGACCGGACGUGGCAGCAGCAGCGGUGGGGGCGACGGCAGCCACAAGGGCAUGGCCAGCAGCGGCAGCAGCAGUAGCAGCAUCGAUGGUACUGAUAGCGGCAGCAGCAGCAGUAGCAGCAGCAGCAGUAGCGCCGUCGCUGCCCCUCGCGCGCCCAAGGUGCUGGCUGAUGUGGUGGAGGCGGCACUGGGCGCGAUCUGGCUGGACAGCGGCGGCGACCUGGCGGUGUGCGAGCAGGCGUUCAGGCGGCUACUGAUGCAGCACCCGGGGGCGGCCUCCACAGAGGCAGGCGUGCAUAUGGACUCAGCGGUGGCGACUGUGACUACCGCUGCACGCCGAUGGCAGGUGAUGGCCAGGGCUGUGCCAUCCAAGCAAGCACGUGCAGCCUUGCCUCUCGUUGGCCCGGCCUCUGUAUGGGGCGGGCCCGCUGCAGCGCCACCGCAGCUCUGGCGGCACGGCAGCAUCCCUCAUCACACCGCUCAGCUGUCGCACGUGGCCAGGCACGUGCGCCCUGGCUCCUGCAUGCUGGCUGCUGGUGGCAGUGGCCAUGGGGGCAACGGUGCAGCAGUGCGAGGCAGCUGGCUGCGCGUCCGCAGCGCAAAUGUGCCCGUUGCUCGGGUGGCGCGCGUUCUGGCGUAGGCGCUUGUCCUAUGCUGGAUAAGUACGGGCGCGGAUUAGGGGAGCUGACGGGGUGAGGGGGCUUUAUUCCCCAUUACCCGCCUGCUACCAAGAGCAUGUAUGGUGAGCACUAGGCUCUAGGUGGGCGCCGGUUUACCCGGCUUUCGAUGUGUUGAGGGGCUGCCCUCGUUUGGUCGGACGGCGUUGUACGGACAAUGUCGUUGAGGGCGGAAACGGCAAGGUCGUGGAGUGUAAUGCAGCAGGCAGAGGCAGCCGCAGAGCGGACGCCUAGUUUGUGUAGCAGCGUGGGGAGGUCGGCUCGUAUAGAGCCAGCAAAACCCAGGCUAAUGGCCUCUUGCUUGGUGUAUUUGACGUCCCAUCCUGCCCUGCAUAGGAGGCGGGCGAGCUUAUUAUGUUGCUUGGCCUUGGCGCAGGCUGUGGCUGUGCGGGCACAGUAGCCAAUUUCAAGGAUGUGGACUUUGUUGGGGCGGGGUUGUUGUUGCACAGUGUAACAAGAGGAUUGUCACCUAGGUUGACAAGGGAGCGAAUCUCCCGUGACACGCAGCAGCCAUUUUCGAGGAUGGGGAGUUUGUGUUGUGUCCUCUGCUGGGUGCAGGCGGGGUAUCGGGGUCCAAAAGAAUGGUGGGGAUUAGGUGAGGAUCCGGCCGUAGCUUUUUGCGAAGGCUGUCCGGGCAGUCCUUUGCUGACGCUAGCCAUCAUGAGCCGCCUUGGCAGCCUGUUGUAGGUUCAGUCCCAGUGUCUAGCUGUAGUCUGUAGAGAACAAGAAGGAGCUUGUCCUGGUCAAGUAGGUGGCAGGGAGGUGAGUGUUAACCUACAGGAGGGUGGAAAUCAGUGCCGGUAUCUUGUAGAUGCCCUCAGGCCUGCGGCGUCUACAGAGCGUAGAUGACCUCCCGCGGCAUCUACGCCCUGGAAAUUUCCCUAUGGGUCUA